AAAAAUAGUUUGAUAAAUAUUUGGAUACGAAACAGUUUCGUUUGUGCGUUAAAUCAUUAAAAAAUGUAAUAAUUUUGAUGUAGUUAUUUAAUGUAUGAAUUGAUUUUGUGUUGCAAAUUUCGAAGUUAUAGUUUCUGAUUCGAACAUUAGUUUCUUUGUCUCGAUAAUAUUUUUUCUUUCUUUCUUUGGAAUAUCGAUCGAUUACGAAAGAGCAUUGUGUUAAAGUGUAUGUAUUUUUCUCGUUAAACUCUAAUUAAAAGUCGGUGUAUGUGUUUGAUUUACAAUAGUAAAUAGUUUGUGUAAAUUAACAGUGUUCGUUGUCCACUCAACAUAGCGAUCAAAAUUACGUGUCGUUUCCUUUCGGCAUUUGAGUGCGUGUGUGUUCAAAUAACGCUAUUUUUAAAUCAAGCUUAACUACAAUAACAUGAAGUUAAUUUAACUGAGUGCUUGGAGUUCACGUCCAUGUAUUGUUGCUCUUUUCUGUCGCGGCUGGGCGUCGGCAUGGCGAGCAUGAGCUCCACGCUCGUCGAGACCGUCUCCAUCAACUACGAGGACUUCAACGAGAGCUUCCUCACGUGCGGCACCUGCUUGUGUACGUACGACGGGGGAGAGCACACGCCAAAGCUGCUGCCCUGCUCCCACACAGUCUGCCUGCACUGUCUCACCCGAAUAGCUGCCUCCCAGACCCGAGACGCGGGGAGCUUUAGAUGUCCCAUAUGCAGAGAACUCAUCACCAUACCUCGAGGCGGCGUCCAGGCACUCCCUCCCUCGUUUCUCGUCAACCAACUCCUAGAUCUGAUGGCGAGGCAGCGAAGGGAGGUGAUACCGCAGUGUAGCUCCCACCCCGGUCGAGAACUCCUCUUCUGCGAGACGUGCGACUGCGUCUUCUGCCGGCACUGCGCCGACGGCCCCCACAGCGACACCCCCUGCGACCACACAGUCGUUCCCUUCUCGAUAGCUUUGAAGAGAAUGUCGGAGAUACUCCUGUAUAGAGCCAACGAGUGUUUAAGUAAGCUGGGAUCAGCGAGGGAAGCGGUGGCCAACGAGUUGAGAAGGCUCGAAGCGGCGGCGACGGCUGCGGACGAGGCAAUAGAUAGACACUUCUCCGAGCUAAAAGCGGCGAUAGACAAGCGACACAGCGAACUCAAAUCCGCCGCCGCGGCCGCCGCCAGCCACAAGAGAAAGUUAUUGGAAGAGCAACUGAAGCUAAUCGACGCUGAGAAAUCUAAAGUGGAAGCAGAAUGCUCCGGUCUUCAGCAGCAGGUCGAAGUGCGAGAGGUGUCCAGCCGAGCAGCAGCCUUGGGCGCGAGACUUGGUGACGCAGCAGCAUUAGCGGAACCCAGAGAGAAUGCCUUCCUGGCUGUGGACUUCGCCCAUAAUGAUGCGCAGCAGAGGUUCGCUGAAGCGCUAGCGGAGUUGGGCAGGGUUCGGACCAGCACCACCUUCCCUGGACUGUGCACGCUGCAGUUGGAGUCGGGCUGCGUUACCGGCUUGGAAGUGGUAGUGGUGUUACGCACGGUGGACUACCAUGGUGAAGCGCGCAGCACGGGCGGCGACCCCGUCACCGCCGCCGCGACGCUCGACGACGCGCCGCUGCCGUGUACUGUGACUGACCUGGAUACGGGGCUGUACAGGAUAUCGAUGCGGCCGUGGUGUGCGGGCGCGUUGUGCGUGCGCGUGCUGGUGUUCGCUCGCGGCGUGCGCGACUCGCCGCUGCGCGCGCGCGUUUUGCCCGCCGCCGCGCCGCUGCUGCUGUGGGGCUCGCGCGGCACUGGCAAGGAGCAGCUGAGCCAACCAGUAGCGCUUGCUAGGUGUCCAAAGAGGAAGGAGAUCUACGUGCUGGACGCGGGCAACUCGCGAGUCAAGGUGUUGGAUGAUGAGACGUUCACGUUCAAAACACAUAUCGUUAAUGAAGGUCUGGCGGGUCGCAGCUGUACGGGCAUCGCGGUGACGUCAGAGGGCGUGGUCGUCGUCAAUUGGCGGACGAGGACGCUCACUGAGAUGACGUCAGAGGGCUGCACAUUGCGCACGCUGCGGUGCGAGCGGCUGUGCGAGCCCGUGUGUGUGGCGGCGCACCCGGCGACGCGCCGCAUCGCCGUCGCCGACAACGCCGCGCGCUGCGUGUUCCUGUUCGACGAGCGGGGCGAGCUCGAGCGAGAGAUCGGCAGCGGAGACCUGGGAUUAGUCGGGGGGUUGGCGCUGACUGACGACUUAGUGAUAGUAGCAGACGUGGCUGUGAGAGUGUUCGACGCGGAGGGAAAUCUGCAAAAAACUAUGGCGCCCGUGCCUAAAGGGCGUGGCGGUUACGGGGGCAUCGCCGUCGAGGAGUCAGAGGGCGGGGCCAUAGUAGUCUGCGCGCGGGCGAUCCGCGGCCGGCCCGCGCUCGUGACACUCGACGUGGGGUCCGGCGAGACGCUGGCAGGGGCGGAGCUAGCGGAGCGCCGCCCCCGCCGCGUCGCCGGCGUGGCGCUGCUGCCGCGCCGCCGCGUUCUCAUGGCGGACCUCGCCGGUGACUGCCUGCGCCUGCAUACGUACUGGUGAGGAGCGCCGCGUCACAAGUUUGAGUCACCCAUUGAAGUCAUAUAGCGGAACGCGAUCGAACUGCAUGCUAGUCCAAAAUAACUGAAGAAUGAUAACCGCCUCUUUUUGGAAGUCGGUGAGAGUUGGCCAUAGCUCGUGCCGAGCGUAAGAACGUAGUACUUACAGUAUUUAUUUGGUUUAAGUUUAUUUAGUUGUAUUGUUUUUUAUAUUUUUAUUUCGACGUCGGUUAUUCGACGUAUAAGAACUGAUUUUGAUUAACGGCUAACUGCGAGGGAUGUGACAUUUUAUCGAUGUAUCGAUAUCGAAAGCCACCACCGACAAUAUACGAGCUUAAGUGUAAGUUAAGACGUCACUAAAAAUUCAACGAUAUUUAAUAAGGGUUACAUUGUGUUGUAGUCGGAACAGUAUUAACCCUGAAUGAAGACAUAAUAACCCACAUGAGGUUAUUAUGUCUUCAUAUUAUCUUUAUCUUCUGUGCUAAUCCUUCUCUAAAAGUUCAA